AUGCCGCCUCUGCCUCGCGCUGGAAUCCCCAGCCAGCGCCGCAUAGUGCUUUAUCACCAGACAAUAGUGCCUCGUGAGCGCGGUUAUGUGCCCAUGUUGCCUUUGGUAGAGAAUUAUACCGCUGCCUUUCACAUCAACGGCCAGCCGGGUAACGUCACGCUCAAUGACGACCCACCAGAUAGCCCCAUCUACAAUCCAUUAUGGGAGGAGGUGCCUCUAAUACAACGUUCCGGAAUCAAAGUGAUGGGAAUGCUAGGCGGAGCUGCAAAGGGUACUUUCCAGCGCUUGGAUGGGCUACAGGAAGAGUUCGAGGCGUACUACACUCCAUUGCUGGCGAUCAUCCGUCGUUAUGGUCUUGACGGGUUGGAUCUGGAUGUUGAGGAGGCCAUGUCACUACAGGGGAUAAUCAGACUGAUUGAUCGACUCAAGACUGACAUGGGCGAUGGGUUCAUUAUCACUCUAGCUCCUGUUGCAACGGCUCUUGUUGAUUUAGGGAAUCUGUCGGGUUUCAAUUAUCGUGAGCUAGAGCGCAGUAGAGGGUCUAAGAUCAGCUGGUAUAACACACAAUUCUAUAAUGGCUGGGGCCAGGCCGAAGAUCCCCGGAUAUACGCUGCUAUUAUCUCCACAGGAUGGCCAGCGAGCAAAGUCCUCUUGGGUAUGUUGACAAACCCUGGAAAUGGGAGUCAGGGAUGGGUGGCUUCAGAGGAUAUCGGCCCUGUUAUUGCAUUCUUAACCCUGCAAUUCCCUGAUUUCGGAGGCGUAAUGGGAUGGGAGUACUUCAAUUCUUUACCGGGAGGGCUAGAACAGCCGUGGCAAUGGGCCGCUGAGAUGUCGCUCAGUAUGGGCAUGUCGCAAGUCUUGUCAACGGCGCAGAUGGUUGCGGGAAUGGGUGCUUUGAGAGAGGGACUUAUGGGAUUCUUGAACAAUAUACAGAACCAGCAGAACCAGAACCGAGGCCAGCGCUGA